UCACGGUAACCAGUUUUUGUUUGCGUUUUGGGCAAUAUUCUAAGGAUUAGGCCGCUUUGAGGUAUAAUAUCGAAUAAUAGGCUUAAUAGUAAUAAUAGCUAAAUUGCAUGCAUUUUAAAGUAAAUAUCAUAGCGAAUUUGAAACAUAUAGAACUAAAAAAACAUCUAUCUACUGAGGACAAUGUCCUCUUUUAAAUGGUUUAAUUUUUAUUAAAAUCAGCCAAGUAUUUGCACAGAAAAUGCAAGUUAAAGUGAGCCAACCAUUUUUAAAGGUCAUCUGAUCAGCUGACACCUACAGCUACACCGGCGAUUUUUUAGUCUUGUCUUGGUGUAUGCUAUUACCUGGCACGAUGCAAUAUUCCUGGCGAUUUGCAAUUCAAUUCCACUUUUGAGAGAUGUAAAUUUGGGCGCUGUGAAACGUUUGUACUUAUUAAAUUUACGAAUGUUUUCUUAUACAUACAUUUCAGAAAUUCAGGAUCGGAUUGGAAGUUACAAAAAAAAUUGCAUCGUUUAAAACCGUGUUUUAUAGUUAGCAAAGGCCCCUUGUAAUUCACUGAAGAGCCUACCGUUGUAGAAUAAGACGAAAUAAUUAUAAAAAUAAAACGGCUUCAAAUGACAACGCUCAUGAAAGUCAACAGUUUGAAUGCUAGUUAGCGUGAAUAAACAAAAUCUGUAUCCUGUACGUAAGUAGUGCAUGGAUUCAACACACAUUAAUGUCACACAAGGAAAUCAAAUAUAAAUUUGAUUAUUAAUAAAGUAUUAGUAGAGUCUAGUUAUAUUAAAUGCCUUUCUCUGCUAAUGACUUUCUCGUCAACUUAGACAGGUAGUCAAGUAUGUCUCAUUACUCAAACUGAUGACACUUACGAAAUUUACUUUUGAUAUGCAAAUAAUGCUUCGGAAUACUGAGGCACAUUGACAUUUCAAAGUGGAGGGCUUGGUACAUAUAAACCUUACCUACCAACUUUGUGUAACCAGUUGGCCUUCGCUCUUCAGGAAAGGAACUACAGACACAAAAUUUUCAUUAGUUUACCAGGCUUUCGUGAAGCAUGUACUUUCUACUAAAGUCGCCUUUCUGCCUCUCAGUUGCAUCACUCAUCCUAAUGGUGUGUUGUCAAAUCCUCCUUGCAUCUUCAUCUGAUACAGACAAGAUAAAGAAUGUUGAGUCACAUUGCGGUUGUCGUGUUAUGUACAAGCCUGUGGGGUGUGAAAAAGACAAACGUAAUGACAGGGCUCUGCCAGAGAUGUUGAUCGAUGAGAGAGAUAGAUCCAGUAGCCACUACAAUGGUUUUGAUGUUGACUGGGAUAACUGGGAUGAAUAUUUACCUGCUUUUACAUGUCGCUGUGCUGAGGCAGCCAUGAAGAAAGGGUAUAAAUAUUUUGGACUGCAGUACUGGGGGGAAUGUUGGAGUGGUCCGUCACCAGCAGCCGAUAAUGAAUAUGAUAAACAUGGACCUGCGGAUGAAUGUUACGAUCCACAGUAUGAGAGAUGUGCAGAAACAUCCACUAACUGUGUUGGAGCUGAAAAUGAGAAUUUCGUCUACGAAAUACAAUACUUUAAUUGCCCAGUAAAAUUCGAGCGUGUUGGCUGCUAUAAAGACAAUGGCAAACGACCUUUGACUGAUGAAAUUUUGACUGAUCGACAAAAAAACCUUGCCAUAUCGAGUGGAAAAACUGAGGAUUGGAAACAUUUUUAUGCGUAUUUGCCUGACUUCGCCUGCAGAUGUGCAACAAAGACUGUGGAUAAGGGAUGGGAUACUUUUGGUGUGCAGUAUUAUGGUGAAUGUUGGUCAGGAGAGAACGGUCAUGAGAAAUAUGCAGAAGAAGGGGAGUCUUCAACAUGUGUGAACGGAUGUUUUGAGCCAUGUGGUAGUUCUGAUCCAUUCUGUACUGGAAAGGAGAAAACUAACUUCGUCUACCGUGUUAUCUAAAAAGGUGGCGUUGGCAACUUCACGUUCAAUAUUGUUUUACAGCUUGAUAAAAAGUGAUUAUGUAUAAUCUUUACAAAUCCAAUUAGUAUUGUCAAUUAAUUAUACAACACACACGAUAUUUCACAUUUUCUAAUGGUAUAACCAAAUCAAUGGAUUAUGAAUUAUUAGUUGCGGCUUUGCUUAUUAUUAGUUAUAUCAAUCAUCAUUAGUAUAAUAAUUAUCCAAAUUUAUAAUAAUCAUGCAUCUCAA